AUGAAAAAAGAACUAAAUCAAAAAAAACCAGUUAAACUUCCGCCUAUUCACCCUGGCGAAAUCUUGCGGGAGGAAUUAUUAAUCCCUCGCAACAUUAGCCCCCAAGAAUUAGCCCAAUCUUUAAAGGUUCCCAAAGAACAAAUUCAAUGGGUAUGUGAAGAAAGAGGCGACAUUACUCCGGAUUUGGCUACUCGUUUAUCUAUUUAUUUUGAUAGCACU